AUGGCCAUUUUGAAGCGUGGUGCUCGUAAUAAGACCCACCAGGAGCCGGCUAAGAGAGGAGGGAACAAUAUCAAGAAGGCUGCUUUUGAAACUUCGAAGAAGAAAGAAGUUGGUGUAUCUGAUUUGACCCUAUUGACUAGCAUCUCAGAUGAAUCUAUCAACGAUAACCUAAAGAAGAGAUUUUUAAAUGGUACCAUAUAUACAUAUAUCGGCCAUGUGCUGAUCAGUGUUAACCCAUUCCGUGAUCUAGGUAUAUACACAGAUGCCAUAAUGAAGAGUUACCAGGGGAAAAACAGACUGGAGGUACCUCCACAUGUUUAUGCUAUUUCUGAGGCAAUGUAUUAUAACCUGAAGGCAUAUAAUGAGAACCAAUGUGUUAUUAUCUCUGGUGAGUCUGGUGCUGGUAAAACAGAAGCUGCCAAGAAAAUUAUGGAAUAUAUUGCAGCUACAUCAUCUACUCAUUCGGAAUCUAUUGGAAAAAUCAAAGACAUGGUUCUUGCAACAAACCCUCUUUUGGAAUCUUUUGGUUGCGCAAAAACCUUGAGAAAUAACAAUUCCUCCAGGCACGGUAAGUACCUCGAGAUUCGUUUUAAUUCCCAAUUUGAACCAUGCGCUGGUAACAUUACAAAUUACUUGCUAGAGAAGCAAAGAGUGGUUGGUCAAAUCACAAAUGAAAGAAACUUUCAUAUCUUUUAUCAAUUCACAAAAGGUGCGUCAGACAACUAUAGACAAACCUUUGGUGUUCAAUUGCCUGAACAAUAUGUGUACACAUCGGCUUCCAAAUGUACUAGUGUUGACACAAUCGAUGAUGUAAAAGAUUUUGAAGCUACUAUAAAAGCCAUGCAAGUGAUAGGUCUUGCUCAAGAAGAACAAGAUCAAAUUUUCAGAAUGUUGGCUGCAAUUCUAUGGAUAGGUAAUAUCUCUUUUAUUGAAAAUGAAGAAGGAAAUGCUCAAGUUAGAGAUACGUCAGUAACAGAUUUUGUUGCGUAUCUGUUACAGGUUGAUUCUCAAUCUCUAAUUAAGGCACUAGUUGAAAGAAUUGUUGAAACUAAUCACGGCUCUAGAAGAGGAUCUGUUUAUCAUGUUCCAUUAAACAUUGUCCAAGCAACAGCUGUGAGGGAUGCUCUAGCAAAGGCAAUCUAUAAUAAUUUAUUUGAGUGGAUUGUUGAUAGGGUGAACAAAUCGUUGCAUGCCUAUCCUGGGGCAGAUAAGUCUAUUGGUAUUUUGGAUAUUUAUGGUUUUGAAAUUUUUGAACACAAUUCAUUUGAGCAAAUUUGCAUCAACUACGUGAAUGAAAAACUACAACAAAUCUUCAUCCAACUGACAUUGAAAAGUGAACAAGACACAUAUGCGAGAGAAAAGAUCCAAUGGACUCCAAUCAAAUAUUUUGACAAUAAAGUUGUGUGCGAUUUGAUAGAAGCUAAGAGACCACCUGGUAUUUUUGCGGCAAUGAACGACUCAGUUGCUACGGCACACGCCGAUUCUUCAGCUGCUGAUCAGGCUUUUGCACAAAGGCUAAGUUUGUUUAGUUCUAAUCCACACUUUGAGCAAAGGCAGAAUAAGUUUGUCAUUAAGCAUUAUGCUGGUGAUGUUACAUACGAUGUCUUGGGUAUGACAGACAAGAAUAAGGACCAGCUGCAAAAAGAUUUAGUGGAGCUGGUUGGUACAACUACAAAUGCCUUCUUAACUACUUUGUUUCCUAAUCAAGUUGAUAAAGAUAACAAAAGAAGACCACCAACUGCUGGUGACAAAAUUAUCAAAAGUGCAAACGAAUUGGUCGAAACACUUUCGAAAGCACAACCUUCAUAUAUUAGAACAAUUAAACCGAAUCAAACCAAAUCACCAAAUGAUUAUGAUGAUCACCAAGUUCUUCACCAAGUCAAAUAUUUGGGUCUACAAGAAAAUGUGCGUAUUAGAAGAGCAGGUUUCGCGUACAGGCAAGGGUUUGAAAAGUUUGUAGAGAGAUUUUAUCUGCUUUCACCGCGCUGUUCUUAUGCUGGUGAUUAUACAUGGACUGGUGAUAUCUUGGAAGCCGUGAGGUUGAUUUUACAGGAUGCACUAAUACCAGAAAAGGAAUACCAGUUAGGUGUGACACAAGUAUUCAUAAAAACCCCGGAAACUUUAUUUGCCUUAGAAAACAUGAGGGAUAAGUUUUGGCAUAAUAUGGCGGCUCGUAUCCAAAGAGCAUGGAGAAGAUACCUUCAAAGACGUAUUGAUGCCGCCGUAAAAAUACAGAGGACCAUCAAGGAACGUAAGGAAGGUAAUAAGUUCGAAAAGUUGCGGGACUAUGGUACGUCACUGCUUGGAAAUAAGAAAGAAAGAAGAUCUAUGUCAUUAUUAGGUUACCGUGCUUUCAUGGGUGAUUAUUUAUCUUGUAAUGAAUCUAAGUCAAAUGGAUCCUAUAUAAAGAGACAAGCCGGUAUAUCCGAAAAAGUUGUAUUUUCAUUUCAUGGUGAAGCUCUUCACUCCAAGUUCGGUAGAUCUGCACAGAGACUAAAAAAGACUUUCAUUUUAUCUCCAACUACUCUUUAUAUUAUUGGCCAAGUGAGGGUUCAAAAUGCAAUGCAAUAUACAGCUGACUACAAAAUCAAUGUCAAUUCGAUUUUGCAAUUGAAUAUGACAAAUUUACAAGAUGAUUGGGUCGGUAUUGUCUUAGCCAACUCAAGUAUGCCAGAUCCACUGAUUAAUUUGUCAUUUAAGACUGAAUUAAUUACACAUUUGAAAACGCUCAAUAGUAAAAUUCAAGUCAAGGUUGGCCCGACCCUUGAAUAUCAAAAAAAGCCAGGUAAAAUGCAUUCUGUUAAAUGCCAAGUGAGUGAUACUGCACCAAAAUACGGUGAUGUUUACAAAUCCAGUACCAUAUUUGUCAGAAGAGGUAAUCCAGCUAAUUCUAAGUCUAAGAAGAAACCCAGAAAGAAGAGCUCAGGCAUGAGUGCCCCAACGACUCAGUCAAGCAAAACUUUGGCUCCACCUAGGAUGUCUAGUAACAAUCAAAAUACUACCGUAUCUCAAAGUCUAAACGGCGGAAUGAAUGUUAAACCCCAGACGCCUGCUUCAAGAUCUGCCAAGAAACCUGCUCCUCCUCCCCCAGGAUCGAAAAAGCCUGCACCGCAACCCAUGGCCAAAAAGCCUGCCCCUCAUCCUACUCCUCAAGCACAGAUGCAAACCCAAACCCAAAUACCAGCAUCUCAAUCUUCUGCAACACAAAGUUCCAUCCCUCCACCACCACCUCCACCGCCUUCCAAAACAUCAGAGCCACAAUUUGAAGCUGCAUACGAUUUCCCCGGAUCAGGAAAUCCAAGUGAACUUCCUUUAAUGAAGGGCGACAUUGUUUAUAUUACCAAGGAAGAGCCAAGUGGAUGGUCUUUAGCAAAAACUCUGGAUGGCUCUAAGUCGGGUUGGGUUCCAACAGCUUAUAUGGUAAAGCACGAAGGCGCAAAGGCGCCGCCACCUGCUCCUGCUGUUACUGCCUCACAACCUGCUAUUCAGAACCAAUCACAACCUGCUUCUGCACAGACAGUAGCAGCUACAUCUCAAGUGCCGGCUUCUUUUGGCGAUGGUUUGGUAUCAGCCUUAGCAGCUAGGGCGAAUAAAAUGAGGGUUGAAAGUGACGAAGAAGCAGCUGCAUCUAGUGAUAACGAUGAUGAUUGGUAA